AUGUCUGACACACUCAUUCCUUUAUCUUUAAUUAUUCCGCAAUUGGAAUCUGCUAGUGGAGCAGAGUUCGAGGCCAUUCUAAAGAUAUUGAGAUCUAAAAAAUAUGUCAACCAAUCAUUGUUGAAAUCUGAUCUAAGUCUUUUGUCUGCUAAAAUUCUAAAAUUAUUAAAUGCUGUUAGCAGUAACAACGAUAAUGCCGAUUUUUCUGUCUGGAAAGGAUGUCAUUUGGCAAUGGUGUUGUGUACAUAUAAUCCAGUAUUUUUAUGUGCUUAUAGCAACUCCAUUUUAACCGCCCUUUGUCAUAGAUUUCAGCUACUUUCGGAUGAUUACACUGGUCAAGUUGUUAAUAAACCUUGUGGCAGGGCUAUUUUAAAAACUGUAGUUUUCAGUAUAACUAUAAUCACGGAUUUGCUACGAGGGAAACCGGCAUUGACUAGGGAAUGUUUGACUCCAAAAUUACCACUAAUCAUCUCUAAUUUGGUCUAUUUAAGUAAAUACGAGCCUGAGAUUUGUUUGCCAGUUAUACAUAAAUUGUUGCAAAAGAAUACCGUGACUUUUAAACCUUUUGCUAAUAAGUUUUUUCAGGUUUUGAACAGUUUAAUAGUCAACAACUUUUUUUAUUUUAAUUUGGAAACUCAGCAAUUAAUUACUGAUUCAUUUGCCGUAUUACAUUUAAUUAAAUUUGAUAUUAAGGAACUAAAUUCUGAAAAGGAUGUGACUAAACAACAUCAAAAGAAAUUAUUAGACAUACAAUGGAGAAAAGAAGUUAAUUGGAUUUUAGCACAAUUUAAACCGAUUGUAGAAUUGAUUAAAGUUUCUUUACUAGAUUUCUCAGCUGAUGAUCAAAUCUCGCAGUUGUACGAAUCAUUGCCAAGGGCUGAAAAGUCCGUUUCCGAUCAUGAUGAAAAAUUUGUUUUAAAAUUUCCGGCUUUGGAUUUAGACUUAAAUGAGCCCGUGUCUUUAUUUCAAAUAGAAAAAAGAUUGGAUAUAUUGUGUAAGCUUUUGAUUUCUCUAAUCAGGUUACCAACUCCAUUCCCAAUUAGAGUCCCCUUACCUGUCAUAAUAAAUGUUUCUGAAGUAUUAUUAAACUUAACAACCAACUUUUUGCCGUUACAAAAAGGAUUGCGUCGUGAUGAAGAAGUUACAAGUGUUAUUACUAAUGUGUUGCCCAAAAUACAAUUUAAGGGAGUCGUUUUGUUGAAGGCUUGUUUGGACACCUUUGGUGGUUGUAUGGUACCAUAUACCACUAACAUAUUAAACUCCUUAGAGCAAUACAUUCCAUUAUUAUCGUCAGUUAAGGCCAGCAAACACACUGAUCAACAUGUUAAUAAUGCUAAAAUUAAUUAUUUUAAGUGUACUGAUAUUUUAAGUUAUGAAUUUGGUAUUGUUUUCAAAAUUACGAGUGAAUUAUUAAAAGAAUAUAUUGGAAAAAAUACUAUUGAAAAUGAAAGCACACUUUUUGCUAAGCUAGUUGAUGUUGCUUUACAUUUAACACAAUCUGAAUCCUUAAUAGGUAGCACUGCUCAAGUGAAUAAUAAUACGAUUAACCCCUCUCUAUCCUCAAAGAAGAAUAAUAAGAGAAUUAGCAAACAGCAAAAUGCUAUAAUGGGGUCUAUGAGUGAUCUUUACUCACACCCAGGGGAGUUUUACAAGUAUUCCUCUCUUUCUCUGUACGAUGAGAUUAAUAAUUUUUUGGGGAAUAUGGUCAAAUAUGUAGUAUUGUCCUCUACCCAACAAAUUAAAAUAACAAAGUAUGCAAUUUUCAAUUGCGUUAAGUUUAAAGAUGUUGAAAGCUUUAAAAAAUUAGUUAAAUAUUUGGUGCUUUAUCCUGGAACUGAAAAAGUAUCAAUUUUGCCAAUUGCUUGUAGCUUAUUAAAGGAUGAUGAAAUGAUUGAAAUUUUGCGUAAUCCUAAAUUACCCAUUAAUUUUAUUCAAAAUGCUAAAAAAAUUGGCGAGGAGAAAUUUUCAAAGGAAGAAGAGAGUGAGGAUGAAGAUGAGGAAGGGGAAGCAGGGGAAGCAGAAGAUGGAAUAGGUGGGAAAGAAGCGAUAAAUAGUAUUGUAAAUGGAAAUUCUACUGAAACUAACUUUGUUACCACUUUGAAACUAAGUGAAGAAGAGAAUACCUCUGAACUCAUACAAUUAAAAGGUAACGAGGAUAAAAUCUUUAAAAGAAAGCAAGAUGACAUUACAAUAGAAAAAGAAGAUGAAGAACAAGAUGAAACUAAAAGAAUUAAAAUUUCUGUCACAAAAACAGAUAUACCUCCUUCUGAAAUUUAUGUCAAAAAUGAUAAAGAUGUAAUUAAAAACAGUGAAAAUGAAGAUAAGGAUUCUGAUGGUUCUGAUUUUGAAAUUCCUGAACUUGAUGUUUCAGAAGACUGA